AUGUGUUAUUUAUAUUUAUUUACGUGUAGUAGACAUGGGUGUUAGAGGUUUAAGUUCCUUUUUUAAUCAGAAUCCGGAUCUCUCUAAAACGUGUAAAUUGCAUGAUACUCAAGUUAUAAUAGAUGGAAAUAACCUCAUUCAUGUUUUGUAUUUCAAUUCCAAAGUUGACUGUGUGUAUGGUGGGGACUACCAUAAAUAUGCCUCAUGUAUAAAGAAAUAUCUUUCAUCUUUCAAAGAAUGUAACAUUAAACCUAUUGUAAUUUUUGAUGGAGGAUAUGAUAAAUCCGAUAGGAAAUUGCAGACUGUUUUGCAGAGGUCUCGAACACGCCUUACGAAUACACAACACAUAGCUAAAUAUGGACGAUGUUCUGGAAAAGUGUUGCCCAUUAUAGCACAUGAAGUUUUCAAAGAUGUUCUUCGUGAAAUGGAAAUACCAUUUGCACAGUGUGAUUUUGAAGCUGAUGACCAAGUGACAGCACUUGCAAAUCAUUAUAAGUGCCCUGUAAUUAGUGAUGAUAGUGAUUUUUACAUAUUUGAUAUUCAUCAUGGCUUUAUUCGCCUUGAUUCAGUGGAAUCAACAGUUAUAGUAGACACUGAUGAAAAUGGAAUUCAGUAUAAUUACCUGAAAUGUUACAUAUAUCACAUUGAAAAUUUCCUUUCAUAUUUUCCUGGAAUUGAUAAAACUGUUUUACCAUUAUUUAGCACAUUAAUUGGAAAUGAUUUUACUAACAUGAAAGUAUUUGAAAAGUUUUUUACUAAUAUUCAACUUCCUAAAUGUAAAGGUAAUGGACUGAAAUUAAAUCAGAGACAGAGGAAAAUUAUUGGCCUUCUAUCUUGGUUGAAAACAACUAACUUGAAUGAUGCAAUAAGUACUGUUUUAUGUCAUUUGAAAAAGCAGAAGAGAGAUUAUGCGAAAUCUGUGAUUGAACACGCAAUAGAUAGUUACAAAGUACAAAAAUGCAAUUUAACUUUUAUUUUAGAUGACAGAUUAGCUGACUUAAAAAGUGAAUUAAAAUUAAAUUCAAAGUUGACAAGACCUUGUGGAGAAGUACUGCCAGCAUCAUUUAUUAUUCAGUUCUUGUGCGGAUGUUAUCCAUCAUUUUUCUUAAAUACUAUCUCUUUACAUCGUACAUUUUUGCCAUCACAAGUCGAAAAUGUUAACUUGGAUAGUAGUUUUGCUUGUUCACGCUACAUUCGACAAGUUCUUUAUGGAAUUCUUUUAAGGCAUGAUGUGCCCAAUUCUGAAUGUGAAAAUAAGAAAUGCGUUAGUUGUGUGGAGGAAUAUGAUAGGCGUAAUGGGAGUUUGCAGAAAGAAUCUGUGGAACCAGUUUUUACUUUAAGAAGUGGGACUGUUUUGCCAAAUUUAUAUACAUUAAAUGAUCUGAGUAAAGUUCAGUCUGAGAAAAUAUUAUCGGAAGUACUGGACAAUGAAGUAGGCAUUUUUUCAUCAGUACCAAGUGAAUGGCAGCUACUGCUUGGAUGUAUUAAGUACUGGUUAAAGAAUAGCAAUCCUGGACCAAGCGAAGAAUUUAUAUAUGCUCUAGUGAUAAGUAUACUGUAUUUUAGUUUUGUAACGAAAUUCUCAUCUAAUGACAAUAAAAAUGAUUUUGAUGCAAAACAAGAGAUGUCUGAAUUUUCAAGUAUUUCAUCAAUGGUGAAACUUGUUUCUGAUUCCGAAAUUGAUACCACUAAAAGAAAUAUUAAAAAGUAUCUUCAAAAACCAGUUUUUAACAAUGGAAAUCCUAUAAUACUCCACAUAGUUCAUAGUUUUAGUCAGCUACAGACAUGCAUCCUGUAUGCUAUCUAUUUGAAUAAAAUAUUAAAUUUUCCUUUUAAAUGUCCAGAAAUUCAUAAAACUUUUGAUGGCGUAUUACUAUAUAAUUUAACCAAGGAUAUUUUAUUACGGCCUUGUCCUGAUCUAUUUGUAUCAGAAUUACUUGGCAGAGAAUCCACUAUAGAUAAGUUGUUCUUUUUGCUUAGAAGUAAAAUAUACGAAAGUAUUUCUUCUGACUGUUAUAUAAAAAUCAAUCGAUCUUCUUCCCAGAGCCAUAAAAAAAGAAAGAAGAAUGCUGUUAAAGGAAGUGUUUCAUCUUGUGCAAAUGAAGAGGCUGGUCAAGAUGAAGAUGAAAGUGAAUUAUGCAAUAAAUUCAGCUAUUUAAAUUCCUUGGAUAUAGAUUCAUGUGAUAUUAUUUUAUAGAAAUAGCUUCAUCAUAUUUUAUUAAACCAAAAUUUAUAUCAAAUGAAUACUAUAUUUGUUUUUAUAUUUAUUUAAAUAAUAACUUUUCAUGAAAAAUUAUUUAAGAUUUUUUCUGAUAUUGGGAUUAUUUUAUUGUUGAUUGAUUGUUGAAAUGGUUUUACUUUUAAAACUAUGAAUUUAGUAUAUUUUUGUAUAUAAUGCGUAAUAAUAAGGGGGUGCAUUUAGUGCAUUUUUGUAUAUAAUGUCAUAAUAAAAAGGAUAUGAAUGAAA